AUGAAACCGUAUCGAUAUGAUAAACAACAACAAAUAGAAAUGAUCAAUAAAAGAACAAUAAAUGAUGGGAAUCCAGAUGGGAAUCCAGAUGGCAACGAUCAAGUAGAAAAGGAGGAUUCUAAUGAUGGUGAUGGGAAUCCAGAUGGGAAUCCAGAUGGCAACGAUCAAGUAGAAAAGGAGGAUUCUAAUGAUGGUGAUGGGAAUCCAGAUGGGAAUCCAGAUGGCAACGAUCAAGUAGAAAAGGAGGAUUCUAAUGAUGGUGAUGGGAAUCCAGAUGGGAAUCCAGAUGGCAACGAUCAAGUAGAAAAGGAGGAUUCUAAUGAUGGUGAUGGGAAUCCAGAUGGGAAUCCAGAUGGCAACGAUCAAGUAGAAAAGGAGGAUUCUAAUGAUGGUGAUGGGAAUCCAGAUGGGAAUCCAGAUGGCAACGAUCAAGUAGAAAAGGAGGAUCCUAAUUAUGGUGAAGGGAAUCCAGAUGGGAAUCCAGAUGGCAACGAUCAAGUAGAAAAGGAGGAUUCUAAUUAUGGUGAUGGGAAUCCAGAUGGGAAUCCAGAUGGCAACGAUCAAGUAGAAAAGGAGGAUCCUAAUUAUGGUGAUUUCUAUGAUGUUGAACAUAUUGGAGAUGUUGCCGUUGAUAUUAUUGUUGAAGUACCAACAUUUGAAGUGAAGUCAGUAUUGGCUAUGGAGGAUGAAAAAUUACCACAAUAUUGGUCAGUUGAAUUGACAAAUACAAGCACUCCAGCUUAUAUUAAUCUGGCAGCUACAUUUUGUGAUUCAAUUUUAAGUAGUUUGAAACUUGGAAAUCCAUCAUUGUCAGACGAUGCAAAAUGUACUAAUGUUACAUUCACACCAGUUGAGUCCUCAAAUCGUCUGAAAAGAGAGGUAAACGCGACCUUAGAUCAAAAUAGAGAACAAGGUAUUCAAGGAACAGCGAAUAUAGAAAUUCCAACUCCUCAAGCAAAAGAACUGACGACAGAAGCAUUUACAAAUAUUAUUAAUUCUGGUAUUGAGAAAUCAGACAACAAAACCGGACUGAAGUUAUCUAAUGUGGAAACUAAAAAAACGGUUGUAUUAAAAACUAAAACAAUAAUAAAGAAGAAGAAGAAACGUACGAUAAAAGAAGAUCACAUCGGAACUAUCAUCGCCAUAGCUGCUGUUGCUACUGGAAUUUUACUAAUUGUAAUUGUUAUUGGAAUCAUUUAUAAAUAUCGUCGAAGAAAUUCCGCUUGAAAAUUAAAUCAUCUUAAAUAAUUCAUAAAUUUUCCUUAUUUAUUUAUUAUCAUUUAUUGAUUUAUUAUUGUUUAUUGAUUUAUCUUAAUCAAUAUUAGUGUAGUUAAUGUUUGUCAUUAAUUUUUGUAAUGAAG